AUGAUCAAACAUGUUGGGUCCCCCAACCCUCGUCCCAGCCAGUGUCGCGGUGAGAUCAAGUGUUUUCGCAUUGGAUGUACGCCAAAGGCAACCAUUGACAAAUACCUCGAGGAAGCAAAAGUGUUUGUGGGCAAAGCAAAUAGUAAAUCUGUCUGCCCAGUGUUCCCAUCUCGAAGGUCGUCUGCUCUUAGAACAGUGGCGAAGAUUCUGGAUAAUGGUGGAGUAAUUGGAACACCCACAGACACGGUGUACGCUAUUGCUGCCUCGUGUAAGCAUCCCGACUCCAUCAGGAGACUGUACACAGUGAAGGGACGACCCACAGAAAAACCCAUCUGCCUCUGCGUGUCGCACCUUGACCAGCUCAGAAAGGCCGACCCUCCCUUCAGCCCUUUGCUGUGGAACUUCAUGAACAGGUGCUACCCUGGAGGAAUCAGCUGCGUGGUCCCUAAAGGGAGCUGGCUAUACAACCUCGGCCUGGGAGACGCCUACGACAUCAUCGGCACGGCGGGAAGCAUCUGCAUCCGAAUUCCAGACAGCUCCGUGCUGGCGUACCUCGUGUCUGUGUCCGGACCCAUCGCCAUUACGUCCGGCAACCCGAGUGGAGGAGCCGACAGCACACAUCAUGAUAUGCUCAUUGGCUCGUUGGGCCAUAAGCUGGACGGAAUCAUCUGUGACGGCGAAUCUAGAGAGAGUUGCGCAUCGACUGUUGUCAGCUGUCUGAAAAUCGACCAAGGCACCAUCACGUAUUUUCGGGAAGGGUGUACACCCAAGGAGGUUGUGGACAAGCAUCUGGAAGACGCCAUACAGCAGACGAACUCGCAGCUGCAUGAACCUACCCUACAAAGACACGUGACUGCCCCUGGUCUUGAAAUUGGCGCGUAACAUAUUGAUAGUCAAGUCACAGAGUGCCGCGUAAAAAGUGGAUUCAGAGUCAUUCCUAGCAGUGGGUGAGGGAGGUAGUUGCCUCAUGCAAAAUUAAGAAAACGUGACCUUUUUUGUUUGUUUAAAAGACCCAGUAUUAGUACUACUAUUGUUUUCGCCGCUCCUUAAGGUCAAGUAAGCCCUCGAUUUGCAUCUGUGACGAUGGCUAAACGAAAUGUGAACUGUGAGACUAGUAUGGGCUAUCAGGUAGAUACGUGUUAUUAAAAGGACAUGAUUCUGUUAAGAAAACCCCUCAAAAAGACACAACCCCCCCCCCUCCCGAAAAAAAACAACCCACGAGAAAAAACGAUUCGCAAAUAUAGCUUUUUAGGCAAUGUUCAGAAUAGCACACACACACGCGCACACACGCUCUCUCUCUCUCUCUCUCUCUCUCUCUCUCUCUCUCUCUCUCUCUCUCUCUCUCUCUCUCUCUCUCUCUCUCUCUCUCACACACACAGAUAAAUUGUAUAUGGCUUACUAUCUUCACAACAGAUUGUACAUUUUGUAUAAAUUCUUGUUUCAGGUGGUUAUAUAAAAUAAUGCCUUCUCUUGUAUAUAUUAAAAUACAUAUGCAUAUA